AUGAGCGACAGUGCAGACGAGGGCCGGGACCCAGGGCUGCAGGCUGUGAAAGAGGCACUCGAAGAACCACCGCGGGGGAAAAUCUUGAGGGCAAUCCAGAAACAGCAGCGUGCGAGGACGAAGAAUUCGGGAAGCACGAAGACUAACACGCCCGUCGGUGCGCGACGCGUUUCGCCCAUCAAGGAAGAACCCGUGUCUACUAUGUCGCCAACCCUCGAAGGCGCCUUCAGCAGCCCGCUGCCCACGGCUUCGACCGAGUCAACCGAGUCUGCCAGAACCAUCCGCGGCAGUAUGCCACCCACACCCGCAGCCCGCGCCCUUCGCACACCGUCGUAUCCCUUCCCCACUGUCCCCAAUACACCCGCAGUGUGGUCCUCAGCGUUCCACCAGCCCUUCACAAAUCUAUCGCCCACCGUGUCCGCCAUGUAUGGCAAAGACUACGCCGCACCCCGAGAGCGUGUUUUGUCCGAGUCCAGCACACCUGCAGCAUCAGGAACACCGUUUGCGCCUGGAGAAAGGACUUUUCACAGUCCCUACCCAGAAGAUCCGCGCUUCCCUAGCCCGAACCUCUAUGAGCUGGUAUUGUCGGUCAAUUUGGAACCCGGUCUUGCUGCGUGGUGGAGCAACAUCACAAAGAUAAUGCUUGAUAGUUAUGGAGUAGAAAGAGCGACCUUGGCUGUCCCAGCAGAUUCCUCGGAUAUCGAAAACGUACCUUGGGGUCAGAAGUGUACUUUUCACGCAUCCGCUCAGGGUGACAGCCCGCGCAUGUCCUCUUUUCAAGAGACGAAGAUGUCCGAGAAGCCCCCAAGCCCGGAGUCAGAGGAACUUCCUCCAGUACCUAUUAUUCCUGAUAGAAGACCGAAGUUACCUUCGCGCCACUCAUUUGCUGGACACGAGCCACAUAAGAGAGAUUCGCCUGAAAAUCCAAUCUCGGCAUUCCCUCAGCGACCCCGUGGGCUUCUUCGAACGGUCAGCCAUGCCCCCCAAUCCGCAACGAGAGCAGAGCAUCCAUUGCGGCAAGUACUGCCUAUGUCCUACGACGGGGCUUCAUACCGACAGUCCGCCCCCACGCCAUCUAGAGGUCCCUCUUUUAGUGACCCUGAUUUUUCGAGUAUUGGUGGUGCAGAGAACUCACCACCCACUGCCGUGUUUCCUGUGUUGCGUGCCCUGGAUCAUGAACCUGAUGCGCUCAUCGACAAUUCCGGUAUCAAUCGGGUAUUAGAACGAGGUCGCGUCGUGACGCUGACCAGAGACUACUCACCCUCGUUCUCAGCUUCUAGCCAAAGUUCUAACGACUCUUCACAAGAAGAGCAAACAAACACCACGAAAUCCCACGGAUCUGCGCAGGAGGCUUAUCGAUCCGCUACCGCGCGAUCACGGGCUGGUCCAGCUUCGAGAAAUGCAGAACACGCCGAUCGCGGCCUACAGCCUCGCUACGAAGAGUAUGAACAGUUCCCUAGCUCGCCCUGGGCGCAAUCGCCCGCGCCGUCACCUGCCAUUCAGAACGAUCCCUCGGAAAAUCCUUUUUUCACGACAGGCAAUGUAGACGAGGAAACAUUUAACCCGUCGGGUUCUAGCCAAGACUAUACACAAUACGGUAUUGUGGAAGCAAUUGGCGUCGACAGAGCCAGCACUGUGACACACAUACCUCUUAUUCAUCCCACAUUAUCCCAGACAAUGCAGCCUCCUGACUCUAGUACGCCUUCUGGUACUCCAUCUUUAUCUGGAAGAGUGUCUGAGCAAGCAGUACCAGAAUCGUCGGCCCCACCAGAAGGCUUUCAGCGAAAAGCACCCAUUGCCAUAUUAUCCAUCUUGUCGUCCAUUGUACCAUAUCCUCGGAAUCUUACGAACUCUCUCAAGCACCUUGGACCUCACCUUGCGACAUCGUUCUCUAACGCAUGGCAAUUUUCGAACGCUCAGGCUCAAGCGACUGGUGCUGCACAGCGACGAUUCGGUGCAGGUCAGCCAACGGGUUUGGCGCCCAUGGUGGAUGCGGAGCGCCUUGGUAAUCUUCUGCAUCUUGACCUUGAAAGCAUCGGUCAGACUGCUGGCGGCAGUGUCACAAGCCCUUCAGAUUACUCUAGCCGAUCGAGGCCCAGUCCUGGCGGCUCCAUUGCUGGUACUCCAGGAUGGGAUGUGAGCGCUAUAGGGCUGUCUAGUAAGCAUUCAGUGACUAGUACUCCUGGACACUUGGCAGGUGGUGAAGCUGUAGAAAGCUACUUCGACUCGAAGAAGAAGACCAAUCGUGGACAGUCUGCCGCAACUCACGAACAAAAUCGCAAGCCCGAGAAGCACGCAGCGAAGAGGAUGAGCGUUAGCAGCGUAACUGAAAUCUCUGAAGAUGACGUGCCAACACCCCGAAACGAGAAGGGAAUUACAGAAGAAUCUUUAGGUUCUCGAAGAGCAAGAGUGGCUCUUCCGCAGAGCAGUCACCGAGGCCACUCGCUGCUCCAUUCCUAUGGGGCCGAUUUCAGCUCCUCUUUCCAAUCCCUACCCACCGCGACCACACCUGGUGCUCGAACUCCUGCGACACCGGGUGGUCAUGGUAGAAGUGCGUCUAUGACCGAGACUCAACCUGCUCCCAUGAUGCCACCUCCAUCGGAGAACCUCUUACGCACUAUCAUCGACUCUUUGCCGGUCCAGACCUUCACUGCACUUCCCACUACAGGGGCCUUGACUUGGGUGAACUCUAAGUUCUUGAUCUAUCGGGGACAGGAGCAACAUCAGGUUCUUCAGGGUCCAUGGGACACGAUACAUCCCGAGGAUCGCGCAGGGUAUCUGGAGCAAUGGAAUCGAUCUUUGCGGACGGGACAACAAUUACAGAAGAAGGUCCGGUUGCGAAGAUUCGACGAUUGUUAUAGAUGGUUCUACGUACGAGUGGCGCCAUUGAAGAACAAGCGUCAGCAGAUUGUUCAUUGGAUCGGAACGAAUAUGGACUUCCACGAGCAACACCUUGCUGAGAUCAACUCUGCCCGACAACAAGAGACUGCCGCAUCAGAAGCCAAGUAUCGCGCGCUCGCCAACUCCAGCCCUCAAGUGGUGUUCGUAGUAUCAGAUCGUCGGGGACUCACGUUCUGCAAUUCUCAAUGGGAAACGUACUCUGGCCAAAUGGAGAUACAGGCGCAUGGAAAUGGCUUCCUGGAGCACGUACAUCCAGAGGAUGUAAUCAAGUGCAAGCUGCCUGAGAUGACUGAUGAUGGCUCCGCCAACGUGCCUACGUCUCUACCAACGGAGCAUGUUCGUCAGGACUCGUCAUCGUCCGAUGAUUCUUCUGAGACAGAAAAGACGAUAACCAGCCCGGGAAGCUCGCCGGACAGAAUGGACAUGCCGCAAGCAAAGCUGUCAAGGCUUGCGAGUACCGGCAUUCUCAGGAUCAAGAAGGACGCCGAUGGCCGUGCUUCGUAUUCCACCGAAGUCCGACUUCGUAACAAGGAUGGAGAGUACAGAUGGCAUCUUGUUCGUAUUCUUCUCGAGAAGUCACUUGCCGAGGACAGCGAGGAAGAGACCUGGUAUGGAACCGCUACCGACAUCAAUGACCACAAGCUUCUUGAGCAGACCCUAAAGGAAACGAUGGAUGCCAAGGGUCGCUUCCUCAGCAAUAUGUCUCACGAGAUUCGGACGCCGCUCAACGGCAUAUCGGGCAUGGUCAACUUCUUGCUUGACAGCCCACUGAGUGGGGAGCAGCUCGAGCAUGUCAACAUUAUCAAGGCUAGUACGGACAGUCUGUUGAACCUCAUUAACGACAUCCUAGAUUUAUCCAAGGUGGAGGCGGGCAUGAUCAAGCUUACCAUGGAGUGGCUCCACUUACCUUCUUUGUUGGAAGAGGUGAACGACCUUAACAUGGGCCUCGCCAUACAGAAAGGAUUGGAGCUCAAUUAUGUCAUGGAUGAAGGUGUUCCUUCAAUGGUCAAAGGCGACAAGUUCCGCAUACGACAAGUACUCUUGAACGUAGUCGGUAACGCAAUUAAGUUCACUCAGAGGGGCGAGAUCUUCGUACGCUGUCGACUCCAGCCCUCCGAUAAGACGGGCCCGCUGGCCGCCAACGAGACCAUGGUCUGCUUUGAAGUUAUCGAUACUGGACGAGGCUUCACCGAGAAAGAGGCUAAGUAUCUCUUCAAACGAUUCAGUCAAAUCGAUGCGAGUAGUACACGACAACAUGGCGGAACAGGUCUUGGGUUGGCGAUCUCAAUGCAGUUCGUCGAGCUACAUGGAGGACGAAUGGACGCUCGAAGUGUUCCCGGGAAAGGCUCGACCUUCUUUUUUACGAUUAAAUUUGGCCUACCCAGCGACGACGACUAUCCGCAACCGAAGCCAUCUACGCCGGGCACACCAGCAGCGGAGCCUCCGAUACCGGUUCCGCCGCUACCUAUACAGUCGGCUCCGCCGUCCAAGCUUACGCACCCGCCGCAUCUUGCUCAGUUUCGCCACGAGCGCUUCUCCAGCGGCUCCUCCGAAAAGAGCGAAUCGAUCAAGUCGCCGGUGCCCAGCCUUACCGCCUCCGAAAGGUCUCGCGAAUCACCUUCACUCUCAUCGGGGAGCUCCGAUCACUCCCUGACCAGUGCCGCUCUGACAGGAAAGUCCAGUCUCCGUUCAGAGCGCUCUUCGGCUUCGUCAUUCCUACAGGAAAGUACACUAGCAUCCCCAGAACCGGAGAUAAAGCUUGCCCUUCCACCUAAGAGGGCGCCGAGUCAUGAAGACGCGAUGAGUUCGGAGGAGACCGUCAUAGCAACUGGAACUCAGCGGAGCCUAUCGCCACUUGGAAGUUCGUUGUCACCUCCCAUGUAUUCAAUCUUGGUCGUGUGCCCCUUGGUGCACAGCAGAGAAGCAACGAUAAGGCACAUUAAGCAGACGUUGCCCACCGGUAUCCCACAUCAAGUCACAGGACAGCCCAGUCUGGUGGAAGCACAGCGGAUGAUUGGUGGUGACGAUCCGGUACUGUUCACCCACGUCGUUCUGGUUCUACACGAGACCGCCGAAGUGAUCGCUAUCAUGGAUCAGAUACUGAACUCGAUGGUCCACGGCAAUGCAUCCAUCAUAGUGGUGUCAGACCCUGCCCAAAAGAAAGAGUUGAUGAAUGCAGCACCCAUGUACGACUAUGAUCAACUCUUGACGGAUCGACGACUGCAAUUCAUCUACCGACCGCUCAAACCGUCCAAGUUCGCAGUCAUCUUCGACCCGCAGAAGGAGCGGGAGUCUAGCACCGACCGUAACCAGGAUACGGCGCAGCAAGUCGUAUUCAACCAGAAGCUCGUCUUUGAGGAGCUUAAGCGUCGGUUGGGAGGCAAGGGUCACAAGGUUCUUCUUGUCGAGGAUAACCACAUCAAUCAAACGGUCGUACUCAAGUUCUUGGCCAAGAUCAACAUUGAUACCGAAACUGUGCUGGAUGGGCAACAGUGCACUGACACAGUCUUUGCUAAACCGCCGGGCUAUUACUCUAUUAUCUUGUGCGAUCUGCACAUGCCCAACAAAGACGGCUACACAGCGUGUAGGGAGAUCCGUCGCUGGGAAAAGAAACACGGGUUCCGCCGGCACCCCAUUAUCGCGCUUUCCGCUAAUGUCCUUGGCGACGUCUACGCAAAGUGCGUCGACGCCGGCUUCAACUCAUAUGUCACGAAGCCGGUCGAGUUCAAGGAAUUAUCGCUCGUAAUGACCAAAUUCCUAGAUCCUCCGGAUAAGAGCAAGGCGCCGGAGCUUAUGAAAUUGAAAAAGGGGUGA